AUGGCGAAAACCGCCGUAAUCCUCCUCCUCUUCCUCCUUUCAAUCCUCUCAUCCACCACGGCGGAGAUCAAAUCUCCAACCAUCAAAUCCGACUCCCGCCCUAUGAUCCUCUUCGAAAAAUUUGGCUUCACCCACACCGGCCACGUCAGCAUCUCGGUCUCCUCCGUCUCCGUUUCCUCCUCCGCCAACGCCCCCAUCCCUUCUCCUUCCCGCCUCGGUUUCUUCCUCUUAUCCGAAGAAUCUCUCCUCCAAGUCCUCCUCGAGAUCCAACAGAAUUCCCACUUUUGCGUCCUCGAUUCCCACUACAUCCAACACCUCUUCACCUUCAGCGACCUCUCACCGCCUCCCCUCUCGCGUUUCAACCGCUCUUACCCCGUCUCUUCCCCCAAUGAAUACUCUCUCUUCUUCUCCAACUGUGCCCCCGAAACGCGCGUUUCCAUGGACGUCCGUACCGAAAUAUACAACCUCGAUUGGGACGGCUCGAAAGAUUACCUCUCCGCCGGCCAAACGCAGCUCCCUUCUCUUUAUACCGUCUUCUCAGUUCUCUAUUUAGCCUUCUUAGCUUAUUGGAUCUUCCUUUGUUAUACUAACAGACGAUCCGUGCAUCGGAUCCAUUUAUUAAUGGCAGGAUUGUUGUUAUUCAAAGCUUUGAAUCUGAUCUGCGCCGCCGAAGAUAAGCAUUACGUUAAAGUUACCGGGACUCCUCACGGUUGGGAUGUUCUGUUCUACAUUUUUCAGUUUAUCGUGUCGUUUUGUUAUUUACCGUCAUCGUUUUGA